AUGAGUUUUUUCUUUCCAUCAUCCUCAACUGUUGAAGAAAAACAAAAACCGAGUCGAAAUCUAAGUCAAGAAAAUCCAAGUUUUAUUUGGUUUCAAUUGUUUGUCGAAGUUCUUUUAUGUAUAGCAACAACACUGACUGCAAAACGUGAUAUAAUAGGUGAAUGCCGUCGUUUAAAUGUUCAUAAUAUUAAAACAUUGCGUAUGAUCGAAGAAUUCGAAUCAACGUGCAAAUCAAAUGAUGCUAGUCAAUGGUAUACAAAAGCUGUAUUUGUUUAUCAUGUACUCAAUAAAGCUUUUCGUACAGAAGAUAUCGAUAGAAUAUUUCGAUUCCGUUAUUUCAUUGUCGAUCUCUACCAUCAACAAGACAAUUUACAUGAACAGGAACGUCACACUAUUGAAGAACAUAUUGUGGUCAAAUGA